AAAAAAGAAAACCCUAAAAAAAGGAUUCAUCGCCGUUAGUCUGUUAUUCUUCCUUCUCACUCUAUCUUCGAAACUCAAUCGCGCAGCUCCGGAAUCGGAACAGUUCUAAAACGGUUAUAUAAUGUCAAGUCGACCUGAGUUUCUAGCUCCGCCGGAGAUAUUUUAUGAUGAUUCCGAGGCUAGAAAGUAUACUUCUUCCUCACGUAUCGUCGAAAUUCAGGCGAGGUUGUCUGAGAGAGCUUUGGAGCUUCUUGCUUUGCCUGAAGAUGAUGUUCCUAGAUUCUUGCUCGAUAUUGGUUGUGGAUCUGGACUGAGCGGGGAAACAAUCUCUGAGAAUGGGCACCAGUGGAUUGGUCUUGACAUCUCGGCCUCAAUGCUUAAUGUUGCUGUUGAACGAGAAGUUGAGGGUGAUCUUUUACUUGGUGACAUGGGACAGGGCUUAGGUAUUCGUCCAGGAGUCAUAGACGGAGCCAUCAGCAUAUCUGCUGUUCAGUGGUUAUGCAAUGCAGACAAGUCAUCGCAUGAACCUCGUUUGAGGCUAAAGGCUUUCUUUGGGUCACUAUACCGAUGCUUAUCAAGAGGAGCAAGAGCAGUUUUUCAAGUGUACCCUGAGAGUAUCGCUCAGCGUGAGUUGAUCCUUCGCCACGCCUUACAAGCUGGAUUUGGUGGUGGACUCGUUGUUGACUACCCGCACAGUACUAAGAAAAGAAAAGAGUUCUUGGUGCUCACAUGUGGAUCUGUUCCAACCAGUAUUAACGAUGGGCAUAAAGAAAGUGGCUCGGACGAUGACGACGAUGAUAGCGAAGACGAAGAGAACGGAAUGGUAUGCGUGUCAGAUAGGAACAGGCCAAGGAAGAAGCAGAGAACAAACAAGAAAGGGAAAGGAAGGGAAUGGGUUUUGAGGAAGAAGGAACAAAGUAGGAGAAAAGGAAACGAUGUUCCUGCUGACUCCAAGUACACCGCAAGGAAACGCAAGUCGCGUUUCUGAUUUUCUUUAGUUUUAAAACACUAAAGAUUUAUAGCGUUUUCAUUAUGUUUUGUCGUUGAAAGAAGAAAUACUGAACGCCCGUCCUUGCUGUUUUCUACACUUUGUGUGUACUUAGACCCUAUGCGGUUACUUAUCAAAUGCGUCUUGUUAUUUGCAUUAAGCUACUCGUUCUCUUCUGUAUUCUCAACC